AUGAGAUUAGAGAUGGCUCUGCAUCAUAGUGCUGUCUUAUUAAUGAAUCUAAUCAUUGAUAAAUUCAUUUGUGCAUCUAUAGUUGGAGUCACAUCUAGAAUUAUGGGAACCGGACCUGCUUACACAAUUUCAGCUGUUCUUAAACAAAGAUACUAUGAAAUCAAUGAAGCUUUUAUUUAUAUUGUGUUGAGAAAUUUGAAAUUCCCUGAUCUAGAAAAGGCCAUGAGUUUUUGGAUUAGUCAAGUUAGUGCUCAAGGUCUUGUUAUUACAGAUAAAGUGGUUGUAGAAAAAGUGAAAGUACUUGGUGAAAGAUUGGGAAUUGAUGAAAAUGAUUUAAAUAAAGAAAGAUUGACAGUGUUAUUAACAACUAAUGCAACUGGUGCAAGAAAACUUAAACCAAUUGUAAUUGGAAAGUCUGUCAACCCAAGAUGUUUCAAAAAUGUAAAUAUGUCUUUGUUACCUGUUAUUUACAAGUCUACUCCAAAAGCAUGGAUGCGCAGUGAUAUUUUUGAAGAUUGGUUAAGAAAUUUGGAUAAUCAAUUUCGAAGAGAAAGAAAACAUAUUCUGCUUCUAAUUGACAAUGCACCAUCCCAUGUGGAUCCAGGAUCAAUCUUAGACGAACAACCUGAAGAAACAAUUGAAAUAGAACAAGCUACCACUGAUGGAAUAAUUGAAUCUUUAAAUCAAUCAGAUCUUAGUGAUGAUUUGGAAAUUUUGGAAUAUGUCAAUGAUAAUGAAUUGAGUUUGACAGAAAAACCUUUAGAUGAUGAUGAAAUAGUCCAAAUGGUUUUGGAUGAAGCAAACAAUGUAAAUAAUGAAUCAGAAUGUGAAGAUAUUGAUGAAGAUGCUUUGAAAGCAGUAAAUACAUUGAUUGAAUAUUUUGAACAUCAAAAUGAUUUAGAGUUUAAUGAGAAUGAUUAUAAAAAUUUAAAAAAAUAUAAAAAAA